GUUUGAAGUACAUUAAAGAUACAAAAAUACAACUAAACUAAAUCAUCAGGAGAUGACCUUUAUACAAUUGACAAACUUCCAUAAUGUCAGCGCACACAAGUUCGCGCGAAAUGUAAAACAACAAGAAUAGAAGUUAGCUGAAAUAACGAUGGCAAAUAAGUCAGAUAGUUUUGAUGAAAACCUAAGUGAGGAGGAAGAUGAAGAAGAAGAGGAGGUAGAAAUGACGGCAGCUGAUUUGCUCACAAAGUUAAAAGAAGCAUGGCAGAAUGAAAAGUUUGCCCCUGAGCUGCUUGAAACUAAAAUUGAGUUAGUGGAAUGUAUGCUGGAACAGUUAAAGCAUAUGGAAGAUAACAUUAAAAGCUGUAAGAAAGGGGAUUUUAGAAUUAUUCUGCAUAGAAUAGAGAUUGAUCGUAUAAGAUAUGUCAUCAGCAGUUACCUUAGAAUACGACUUAAGAAGAUUGAGGAUUAUGUUGAUUACAUACUUGAAAACGAAAGAAAUCGUAAAGAAGAUGAACCGGCACGGUUGUCCCCAGAGGAGUUGACAUACGCCAGAGAAUUCUGUAAAAACAAAGAGGAACAUUUUAAAUCAGUUGUACUGAACCACAUGCCACCUAAUUUACAAGGACUAGAAAAGGAAAAGACAAUUUUUGCUCCAAAGCCAAACAUGGAUAGUUAUAUUUUUCUGAAAGUAAAUGAAAAUCAAGAACAAGUUCUUAUAGAACCAGAAACAGAUGAACAACAGGCUGAUGUCGUUGAUUUCGAAAAGGGCGCGCAACAUAUAAUGAAGUACAGACCAAUAGCUAGCUUAGUUGCCAGUGAUGCUAUAUCACUUAUAUAAUAAUUUUUAAAUAUUAUUGAAUUAUGAAUAGUUAUUGUCAAUUUUGUAUAGCACCAUUACAACAUGUGCUCAUGGCACUGUCUUAAGUCAAAGGAAUGGAAAUUAUUGACAGACUAUUCAGGGUUCAAAGUUCCUCAAAAUGCUCCAUCAGCAAAUAUUUGCUGUGGGUUAUGGCUUCACUACAGCAAUUUAUUCUCCUUCUACAGCAACAAGCUUCGUAAAUUAUUUUAAGAAAAGGCCUAUUCUAGAUUAGUACAAGUAUAUAAACCAUUGCUAGGCCUGGGUCAGGUAACUUCGACAGCAAAAACUUGUGGUCGAGCCUGGGAUUUACAACAGCAGUGGAAGACCCUUUCUACCCUUUCUUCUGUAGGGAAAUUCGAACCCUGCUAUUUACUCCUUAAAAUCGUUGCUCACAUCACGAACUAACACAAUCAAGUUAGAUUGUGUGUUAGUUCGUGAAAUCACAAAAGCGCGUCAAAAUAUGCGCAGUUGUUACAGACUUUUUGUGCGAUAAA